UCGGGGCAACCAAGCACCCUGCACCCGAAGGAGCUAGUUGUGUAGCAAGCGGUUCGAUCUGGCUCAGCCAUGGACCGGAAGGUGGCCCGAGAAUUCCGGCACAAGGUGGAUUUUCUGAUUGAAAAUGAUGCAGAAAAGGACUAUCUCUACGAUGUGUUGCGGAUGUACCACCAAACCAUGGACGUGGUCGUGCUUGUGGGAGACCUGAAGCUGGUCAUCAACGAGCCCAGCCGCCUGCCCCUGUUUGACGCCAUCAGGCCUCUGAUCCCACUGAAGCACCAGGUGGAAUACGACCAACUAACCCCCCGGCGCUCCAGGAAGCUGAAGGAGGUGCGUCUGGACCGGCUGCACCCCGAAGGUCUCGGCCUUAGCGUGCGUGGUGGCCUCGAGUUCGGCUGUGGGCUCUUCAUCUCCCACCUCAUCAAAGGCGGCCAGGCAGACAGCGUCGGGCUCCAGGUAGGGGACGAGAUCGUCCGGAUCAAUGGGUAUUCCAUCUCCUCCUGCACCCAUGAGGAGGUCAUCAACCUCAUCCGCACCAAGAAGACUGUGUCCGUCAAAGUGAGACACAUCGGCCUGAUCCCUGUGAAGAGCUCUCCCGAUGAGCCCCUCAAAUGGCAGUAUGUGGAUCAGUUUGUGUCGGAAUCUGGGGGUGGGCGGACCGGCCUGGGCUCCCCCAGCAGUCAGGAAAACAAGGAGAAGAAGGUCUUCAUCAGCCUGGUGGGCUCCCGGGGCCUUGGCUGCAGCAUUUCCAGCGGCCCCAUCCAGAAACCCGGCAUCUUCAUCAGCCACGUGAAGCCUGGCUCCCUGUCUGCUGAGGUGGGGUUGGAGACAGGGGACCAGAUUGUCGAAGUCAAUGGCAUCGACUUCUCCAACCUGGACCACAAGGAGGCCGUGAACGUGCUGAAGAGUAGCCGCAGCCUGACCAUCUCCAUUGUAGCUGGAGCUGGCCGGGAGCUGUUCAUGACAGACCGGGAGCGGCUGGCAGAGGUCCGGCAGCGCGAGCUGCAGCGACAGGAGCUUCUGAUGCAGAAGCGGCUGGCGAUGGAAUCCAACAAGAUCCUCCAGGAGCAGCAGGAGAUGGAGCGGCAAAGGAAAAAGGAAAUUGCCCAGAAGGCAGCAGAGGAAAAUGAGAGAUACCGGAAGGAGAUGGAACAGAUCGUGGAGGAGGAAGAGAAGUUUAAGAAGCAGUGGGAAGAAGACUGGGGCUCAAGGGAACAGCUCCUGUCGCCUAAAACCAUCACCGCCGAGGUGCACCCAUUACCCCUUCGCAAGCCAAAGUAUGAUCUGGGAGUGGAUCACGAGUUUGACCCGGCAGAUGACCUGGACGGAGGCACGGAAAAGCAGGGAGAGCAGGAUUUCCGGAAAUACGAGGAAGGCUUUGACCCCUACUCCAUGUUCACCCCGGAGCAGAUCGUAGGAAAGGAUGUCCGGCUCCUGCGCAUUAAGAAGGAGGGAGCCUUAGACCUGGCCCUGGAAGGCGGUGUGGACUCCCCGAUCGGGAAGGUGGUCGUCUCGGCUGUUUACGAGGGCGGAGCCGCUGAGCGGCACGGUGGCAUUGUGAAAGGGGAUGAGGUCAUGGCCAUCAAUGGCAAGAUCGUGACGGACUACACCCUGGCUGAGGCUGAGGCUGCCCUGCAGAAGGCCUGGAAUCAGGGGGACUGGAUCGACCUUGUCGUUGCCGUCUGUCCCCCCAAGGAGUAUGACGAUGAGCUGUAAGUGUAUGCAGGUGCCUGGCCCCCUACCUCCUCUUCUUCCUCCUCCUCCUCCGGGAUCUUGGCCACUUUUUCCCAGCCCAGCCCAGCCCAGACCCAGUCCUCAUCCAGCCUAAUGGAAUGGCCCAAGCACACAAAGUCUAGUAGUAAUUGAUCCUGGAAAGCUCCCAGGCUAGAGCAAGCCUAGAACUAAGUCACUGUUCUCAAGCAUUGCAAGAGCCGCCUCCAAGUUGGUUUUGUCCGGAUUCUUCUUUCCAUGUGGAAAACUGAAGCCCAGAGAGAUUCAAGGUCUCAGGCCAAGUAAACAGUGAAGUUGGGACACAGCCUCAGAUUUCUGAUUCCCCACUCAGAACUUCAUCUCCUGCCCCAUCACCAGCUAGUUUAAAGACUUCUGUGUCUUUUGCUCUCUGGAGGGUCCUCCUGCUACAUAGCUGCUUUCCCUCAUGGCGCCAGGACCAUAGGCUUUGGUCCCAUCCUGCAGGCUUUCCUUGGCCCAGUCUCUGUCUUUCUCUGCAAUUCCCUGUAUGGUCUGUCUCGCCCUAUGUCUGUUUCACUCCUGUCUCUGUAUCUGUGUGGGUCUCUCUAUCUCAUUCUCUCUCUCUCUCUCUGUGUCCUUCCCCUCCCUCCUUCCUGUCAAUCUCUCUCCCAUCCAUCUCUCUCCUCUGCAUCUCUUCCCUUCAUCUCUCUCCCUCUUCUCUUACCUCUCCUUUUCUUGCCUCUCUCCACCCCUGGCUCUGAGUCCCUGCUUCUCCACCUUUGCCACCCUGCAUCCAUUUUCUCUCUCUCUGUCUUUCCAUCUCUGCCUCUGUCUCUCUCUGUGCCUCUGUGUGUGCCUCUUACUGUCCCCCACCCUCACUUCAUCACAUCACCUCCCCACCCCUGUGCUUGCCUGUCAUGACGGUGCCUACCCACUCCCCCUCCCAGCAGAGGCUGAGUCCUGUGUACAUCUUAGAGAAAUCAAGGUCUUGUAGCAACUAAUUCUGGAACCCAGGGCCUAGGCAGGACCUGAGGCAGCAGCCAAGUGAAGGGAGAGGUUCGGUGGAGCUCUGCCUGGAAUAACCAAGUCCUGUUUUGUGUUUCCUGCUCUGCUCUGCGUAUGUAGCUCUUCUCUUCCCUCCUCUGCAGCCGAAAGCCCCCAGCCGGUCCGAAAGCUCCUUGGAGACAAUGCUCCCAUGCUUAGACAUGGGUUCCUCCUGCAGCUGGAGCCUGGAAACCCCCGCGGUGAAUAGGCAGGCGGGCUGCAGGGCCCCAUCUGUCCACGCUGCACGUCGUGGCUGUCUGCUGCCCAUGCUGUCGGCAGGUUCUUGGGACUGGUAUCUGGAGAUUCGCCAUCCCUGAAGUGCCACCUGGGCCUGCUGUUGGUGACGCUGGAAUUCUGUUGGACUCAAAGGCCCUCCCGCUCAGGGAAGCCAAGCAGAGCCCAGUGUGCGGCAUGCUUGGGACCUGGGUGUCCUGACUCACCACGGCCCUUGGAAUCUGCCCUGGGUCCCACAUAGCACCCCAAUGAGCAGGAUAGAGCAGACCUUCUUCUGAAGUUCAGAGGAGAAACCAAACCCACCCGUAGAAGCCAGUGAGCUCUGGACCCACCCUCCUGGACACCAUGCCUGGAGCCAGCUGAGCCACCGCAGCCUGCAGACACCCUGGAAACCCACAGCCAGCACCCAGGGAUUGCAGACUCCCUUUGGCCCUGAAGUAGGGCUGCAUAGGAACACUUCGGGCCACCCCUCUGAAGUCCAGCAUGGAGGGAGGGAGCAGCUAGCCGUUCUAAAGAGGCCCCUGCGAGCUGUCAUUCCUCUGGCUUUGUGAAUCUGGGAGACUUCUCCCUUGAACUCUGCUAGGACCUGACUCUUGGGUCUAUCCCUCUCCAACCCUCUCCAACCCUCUCUCUCUCUCCUGCUCUCAUUGCUGCUAAGAUUGAUGCCACAAUCUUACUCUGAACUCAUUAAUAAAAUAAACAGACUUCUUUUCCA